AUGCGCGAUAUCCAGAAAGUCUUGCGUCUCGCGGGCUCCUAUUACAAGCUCGACCAUGUGUCUGAGGAAGAGUUCCAUAAUUUCAUCUCCAGAGACCAUGCUGUGAAAGCCGCCCAAAUCCAUGAAAGACAUGGCAUUCUGCAUUACCAAUUGGCUCUCGGAACCAGCCACACUCGCGAGCUCGCCAAAGGCUUGCAGCUACCCUGGAAAAUUGACGACCACGACGUGACGAUUGAGUUUUACUUCACCGAUGUGUCGGCCUUGCUGGCCGUCUCGGCCGACGAGGACUUCAAAGCCCUCCAUGUAGAUACCGAGAAGUUCAUCCGUCUGGAUGCGACUACCAUCUCAGUGACGUGGAUUGAGGUGUACAUGAAGGACGGAAAGAUUGUGAACAUCGACUCGAAUGGGAAAUCACUACAGCCUUCGUUCGCCGAGAGAUCUGUGAUUGCACUGCCUGACAAGCCAGCAGACAAGUACUAUUAG